UCGGUAUGAGCGCGUCGAGCAUUGACAUACGCCCUGUGUGCGCAUAAACGAUGUGGACGAAUCACCUUGUGUCAUGAGACUCGCCGGUUUAAUUAAACAAUCGCUAUUGCGUGUGAAUAAAACCCGAUGCCGGCUGUAUGCAACAAGUGUGGAUAGCGAAGCAUUGGCACUUGACACCAGAGAGUAUCUAGACUUUAAAAAGCAACUGCGACAACACAAUGUAUUCAAUAAGGAUGGAUACACGUGCCUGCAAUUGGAAUGUCGGCUGUGUGAGCGCUACAACAACAAUAACCAACAAUUUCAGCCGGCUGCAGCAUCAACGGCGCGUGCACAGGGUCCACAAGCUUACAUAAACAAACGAACGGGUGCCUUCAUUUGUCCCCAAUGCGACGUAAAAACAACAUUAUCGCAAGCUAUCGCCGCAUACCAAGCUCCAGCUAUUGGUUAUCGAAGAGCACCAAUUCAAAAUAUCGAUUACACUUCGCGCUUUCCCAAUCUUGUUGAUGUGACACCUGAAGCAUGUGAAGCUCUAGGAAUUAAGGGCUUGAAGGAGGCACAGUUGAAUGCCAUUGGGGCCAAGUAUGAUGCGGAGCAGCAGCUGCUCCACUUUGAACUGCGCAAUGCGGCACAGCAUCUGGUGGGCGAAAAGGUGCUUCACCUAGAAGAUCGCAGGGAGGAAACACUCCAAGGCAGCAGUUGCUCUGGUCUCUUGUUGCACACGGGUGCUGGCAACAAGAGCAAGGCCGUGCUGGUCAGCAAUCUGAUCGAUUACAUUGUGCUGGCCACGCAAAACAUCGAGACGCAUUGCAUCAUUUGCUUGCCACAUGCGUUGCAACAGCUGCCACAGGAAUGUCUGCCCGUGCUGGAGCGUUUCAAAGAGCUGGUCUUCUGGCUGCACUACGACAACACACACAGUUGGGAUGCAGCACGAGCCUUUGCGCAGAAAAUGGAUGAGAAGCGUUGUCUGCUCAUACGACCCACAGAGACGGAACCGGCGCCGCAUGUGGCACUGCGCAAACGCCUCAAUGUGCGGCACAUUUUGGCCAAAGCGACGCCGGUGCGUCACAAAUCCAUCACAACAUUUAGUGCGCUGCGCAACGACAUUCUGAGCGAGCUGCAAAAUAUAGAGAAAGUCAAUGGAGUGAAGUGGAAGCGGUUUCCCGUGCUCAACAAAUUGUUAAAGGGACAUCGCAAGGGCGAGCUCACGAUACUCACUGGACCUACGGGCAGCGGCAAGACGACGUUCACAAGCGAGUAUUCACUUGAUCUGGCCAUGCAGGGCGUGACCACAUUGUGGGGUUCCUUUGAAAUACGCAACACACGACUCGCAGCUACAUUAUUGCGUCAAUUCGUUGGCUAUCCACUCGACGAUAAGCUACAGGAAUUUGAUCAUUGGGCCACCGAGUUUGAGCGACUGCCCAUGUAUUUUAUGACCUUCCAUGGGCAGCAGCCGCUAAAGCCGGUGCUGGAGGCCAUAGAGCAUGCUCAAUAUGUACAUGACAUUGCUCAUGUCAUCAUCGACAAUCUGCAGUUUAUGAUGGGCGUUUCAUCAUCACAUCGCGGCGAUAAGUUUUGGGAACAGGAUGCUAUUAUUGCGGCCUUUCGAGGCUUUGCCACUAAACACAAUGUACACGUUACUCUCGUCAUGCAUCCACGCAAGGAACGGCAGGAGGAUGAGCUGACUACCAGCUCGGUGUUUGGCACAGCGAAGGCAACCCAAGAAGCGGACAAUGUGCUGAUCAUACAGGACAAACGUUUGACAGCAGUGCGUGGCAAGAAGUACCUGCAAGUAGCCAAGAAUCGCUAUAGUGGAGACUUGGGCAUUAUGCCGCUGGAGUUCGACAAAGAUGCACUAAGUUAUGCGAAGCGGAGACGUGAUAAGGCGACGCCAAAUGACAGUUGA